GUGAACAGAAAAUCGCGGCCGCGAGCUUUGUGACGCGGGUUUUGAUGCGCGUGAACUGACGGCAUCACCUCGUGAGCGCGCAAGAGCAGCAAUGGCCGCUCUGGAUCGGCGAAAUCCUAAUCUUGACGAUUUUGUCGGAUUAAACUGGAGUUGUUGGGUGGAAAGAGUGAAUAUUUCACCAUCUGACGCUGGGUCUAAUGUUGAGGACGGCAGCAAGCAUGUCAGAAACCCGCCUGAGACCAUGACCCUCAAGAAAGAAGAUAUGCACACAUUUGGGCACUGCCCAGCACACGACGACAUCUAUCUGGUGAUGUGCAGCCACUGUGGCCAGGUGGUGAAGCCUCAGGCCUUUGAGAAGCACUGUGAGAGGCGGCACGGUCCUCUCCCGAAGAUGUGCGGACAGUCUUCUGCUUCAGCCUCCCAGCAGCGCCUUUGUCCUGCGCGCCCUCCUGCAAAUCACUCCUCCUCUAGAGAGAGGCGGAAAGACGGCAGAUGCCAUGAAGCCAGUGUCCCCUCCUCUUCCUCUUCCUCCGCAGCAUCACCGGUGCACCAGCACAGGCCUUGCAAGGCCCAGCAGGACGCCGUGAGUUUUCGUUCGCUGGAAAGGUUCCCCCACGAGAAGUCUGCCCUCCCACCCCACGCGUCCUCCCUGCCCUCAGUGCAGAAGCCCACAGCGCCGCUGUCCCGUGAGUCUCGUGGUCCUCUGCGGAGAACGAGAACCUACAGCCGGACUUCCAAAAACAUCGAUAAGAAAAAGUGUGACCUGAACAAACCGUGUGGGGUUCUGGAUCCAGAGAGGAAGGAGCUGAGCAGCCAGGAGCUCAUAUGCACCACGGAUUCUAUCCACCAGCAGCAGAAAGCUUUGGGAAGGACUAAGACCUUCGAUCAACUGACAGAGGAGCAGAAAACGCCUUCUGCAGAUCGAGAUACGGAGCAGCUUCCUGUCGGAUCAAAAGACAACGAGAAACAACAACCAGAGAAACAUCUUCAGACCAGAAUAACUUAUAACAGCGUUCUCAGCAGUUCCGGCGUCCCAUCAGAAAGCAUUCCACGGGCGGAAGGUGAAAGCUCUGUGGAAGUGGAGGCGCAGCCUCAGAUUCCCCUCAACGGGAGCGUGGUUUCAGGCGAGGAGAGCGACGACGGGAGGCAGCAGGAAGCCGUGGACCUGCCGGCCACACCCUGGCACCCCAAACCUCUCGGGCUUUGCACUUUCGGAUGCCGCACGUUAGGCUGCAGCAUCUUCACCUUCAAUCGCCGAUGGCACCAUCUGCGGUUUGCCCUCGGGGCCAUGUUGGAACGCCAUGUCAGCACACACUUGUGGAAGAAAAUGCCUCAAGUAUCAUCAGGUCUCAGGUCCUGCCAUGUCUCAGAUCCCACCGUAGGAGCACCUGUCAGGACUGCCGUACCCACCAAAUCUACAGCCUACCGCAGCCUCAAAUCUACCUCACUUGGACCACUGGAAACCAAAACCAGUCAGCACAACGCUCAGAGUACCAAACCGCCGUCUUCCACCACGUCUGCGAGACUUAUGCAGGAUGCAAGUGCAGCACAGAAAGUUGUUCACGUCGGUGAGGAAAAGUCCUCCAAACAUAUCAGGGAUCCCGUGCUCAAUGAGAAGGUGCAGCCACACCUCCCUUCCCUUCAAGGAACAGUAAACGGCACCUUCUCACACAAAAAGAAGCCAUGCCUUCCUAUCCACGGCCCCCGGAGCAGAGGGAGGCCUCUGGGGAUUCAGCAGAAGGUGGUGGGCUACGACCAGAGAGGUCCUGCACAAAAGCGCAAAGACGGCAGUGAAUCUCAGCCUCUGGGCUCCUCGCUAUCCAGAAGCAAGUGUCAACGCUUGGCCUCCCCUCCCCAGGGAGGAGAGAAGAUGGAAAGAAUAACGGGCUCGCGCAUGCUUUGGGCCUGGAGAAAAGAUCCAACCCCUGAAACCCAAUAAAUAAGCCAGCCUUUUAAAACAGACACUUGAAGAAGAAGUCUGCUGCUGCCUGCAUGGUAUGUGUGUGUGUAUGUUUCUGUCCACAAAUAUUUAGGUCUUCCCCUUUUUAUGCACAGACAUCAGGAAUAAAUAUUGGUCUGCAUGUUACCAUAUGUAUAUAUUUUUGCAAACAACCUAUUUUUCUAUGUGACUAAAUGACAGUUUGUUACUUGUGUAAUACUGUGAAAAUACCUCAAAUUACUUGUCAUGCUGCUAAAAUGAAAAGUGAUAUGGCAAAAAAGUAAAUGAUUCUUCAAUCCUCA